AUGGCUCAACUGAUCAACUUCGACAGAUCACUACAAAGACUUCAAUUUAUUUUCCGUUAUUGUGGCCUUACUUUCAAAAGUAAAAAGCUUACACCAAUUUACAAACUUAAAAUCCGUUGCGUGUAUCUUUUGAACUUCUUUUGGCUAAACAGCGAUGUACUUGGUGGUAUUUGCUGGUUUAUAGACGGGAUACAAACGGGAAAAACGUUCGUCCAACUAACUUAUAUUGCCCCUUGUGUAUCUUUUACUUUUCUUGCGGAUCUGAAAGCGAUAUUUCUGAUACAUUAUGAAGACUAUGUUUGUGAACUUAUCGAGAAUCUACGGGAAUUAGAAAAGAACUAUGAAACAGAAAAUGUUAACAUUGGAUAUAAUGAAACAGUUGUAAAAGAUAAUAGAAGAGGUCAAUACGUUAAAUUUCUACAUUCAGUAUUGACGAUUUCGAAUAUACUAAGCGUUGUACUUAUUCUAACGUUUAUAGUUAGUCCGUUAAUUUUGAUGGCUUUAAAGUAUUACCAAACUGAGGAAGUGGAAUUAAUGUUGCCAUUUCUUAUAAUUUACCCAUUUGAUUCGCACGACAUAAGAUAUUGGCCGUUCGUGUAUUUACAUCAGUUUUGGUCGGUGUCCGUCGUUCUUCUAAACAUUUGUGCAGCAGACUAUCUUCUAUACAUAUGUUGCACCUACCUCGGAGUUCAGUUUCGGAUGCUGCAACACAACAUUGAAAAUGUUGUUGAGAAGAAAUCUGUUUUACUAGAGCAUGAAUUGGAGGAGUUACAGAAGAAAUAUUGCCAAUUGAUUAAGUGGCAUCAAGAACUUAUACGAUUAGCAAAUAUGCUCGGAUUUAUAUACGCUGAAUCAACUUUGUUCAAUUUCGUAUCGAGCUCUAUCCUCAUCUGUUUGACUGGCUUCAAUGUUAUGGCGAUGGAGAACGUCGCGUUCGCUGUAAGUUUCCUGGUAUUCCUCUCGGCGAGCUUGUUGCAAAUAUACAUGAUCUGUUUCUUCGGUGAUUUUCUAAUGACAUCAAGUACAGAAGUAAGCGACGCUGUGUACCAUAGCAAAUGGUACUAUCUCAAUGUUAAGACUGGGAAGAACUUGCUUAUUCUACAAACAAGGGCUCAGAAGCCGUGUAAGUUGACAGCAUUCGGGUUUGCUGACGUCAAUCUGAACGCUUUCAUGAGCAUUUUGAGAAACGCCUGGUCCUACUUCGCUUUAUUGAAAACUGUUUACGCUCCACAAGAAUAUUAA